AUGGCUUCAGGGGCGGUGGCGGCGCCGAGGACCCGCGAGGGAGGGAUGCAGCACAGGCUGGACGACUCGAACCUGGUCUUCGAGACGUCCGCCGAUGUGGAGGCCAUCACCAGCUUCGACCAGAUGGGUAUUCGGGAUGACCUACUCCGGGGCAUCUACGCCUACGGGUUCGAGAAACCCUCCGCCAUCCAGCAGAGGGCCGUCCUGCCCAUAGUGAGCGGCCGCGAUGUCAUUGCGCAGGCCCAGUCCGGAACUGGAAAGACUUCCAUGAUCGCACUAUCCGUCUGCCAGAUGGUCGACACAAGCUCCCGGGAGUACGAACUAUAUACUGCAUUUGUAUUUUUUUCCUAUUUUUUGGGCUUUGGCAUAAUUUCUCGGUUUGACCCACGUACUAAUCCCAUAACCGAGGGCUUCGUUCGUUUUCGGACUCAUUGACCAAAUUUAUUUCCACAAUUUGCCUGAUAUGGGAAUGUGAUAACCGAGUUUUUUCUCUCUAUAACGUUAUUUGUUUCAUCGAUACAUUCUUUCACCUAAUUUCUCCUUCUCUCUCUCCCUCUGCGUCAAGAUUUGCUUAUUUGAUUUUGGCCCAUCAGAAUCGACCCUGGAGAGUGCUGGCUGUGUUGGAACGGGUGUGAUUUUCUUUUGCUAACUUUCUUUUGAGUCCCAUAUGCCCAUGAUCGGCCUCACCCAAUUCAUAGACACCUCGUGAGAAAACUACAAGUUUUGGAAGAUUAAGCAGAAAGUUAAACAGAAAGUUAAACAGAAUGAAGGAGGGAUUUUCGCCGUCAUGCAUGUGAUCUCCGAAUGAUAGAUAAACCAGGGAUUGAAUAACAACAAAAGCGGUCGUGAACGAAUUCUUUUCUCAACAAAGUUUGUUUUUGGGCUCGUGUAGUUUCUUUGUUUAACCCAUGUACUGCUUCAGUAACCGAGGGUUUCGUCAAUUGUAGGAUCGAUUGGCUGAAUACAUGUAUAUUUCAUAAACUGGUUAUCUGAUUUGGGACUAUGAAAAUCAAGUUUUGGUUUGGUGCAACGUCAUUCGAUUCGUGGAUUUAUUCUUCACCUAAUCUCCUUUUGCGUCAACUUUGUUAUUUUUCCUCUCGUUCUAUGCUUAGUGUUGUUUUUACGGAAAACCCAGUAUGUGAAUCCAGUGGACGACUGGAAAGGCGUUUUCUAUUCACAUGAACAACUCGCGCUAUCUGCAAUACCCUGUGUUCUUUUAUGCCGCAGAAAUGGCCUCUAAACUUUUAGGGAGAAAACAGAGGGUAUUGACGGCAUAACAGUCAUUUGUCGUAAGUACUAAUCUAAAAGAAGAUUGACCCGCCAUAAUUCUUAUAAAUAUUGCGCCUUACUCACGGUUGCAUCCUUGUAUUUCGUUGUCGUACUUGACCCUAAGGUUUUAUGGCGUUCUAUUCGUUAAGUCAUUUUUUUGUGAUUAAUUACUUUUUUAGGCAUCUCGGGUCUGGAUCUAUUUCAACAUAGUGCUUGCUUUGCCUAUUUUUCUGUAUCUACUUCCUGAAUGCUCGUUUUUUUUCUAAACAAGUCCCUAAACGUUUUUGUGCUCUUGUAAAAAAUGUCACACGCUAUUUAACUUAAUACUUUCUCUCUUGGCCUCUUUCUCCCAAGUUUGUGUGUUUUUUCUUUUCGUGAAUAUUUGGAUUUAAGGCUUGACUAAAUUGGAUGACAUCGCUGUGGUAAUUACUGUGCAGUCCGUAAUUACUACUUAUGAGGGCUGACGUUUACUCGGGCUCGUGUCAUGCAUUCUUCGAGGGAACAAUGUUUUGAUGUAGUUUGAACAUGAUCUCUGCCCCCAUUUUGAAGAGAGAAUAGAAUAACCUAAGUGUCGGUAUGUUGAUGUUGGAUGAUAGGACUUUAGGAUCCUUUUCUGAGAACGGCCAUUUUUUGGUUUUUUCUGAAUUCAGUCGUAACUCCAUAAUACGUGGCUAGAACCAUGGCUAAGUGUGCCUUUUCUUUCAAUUUUUCCUUUUCAGUUUGUUGUUACUUAUUGCUUUUUUCCCUAUUUUAAUGUGUGCUUAAAGAGCUAGCGUUUUGCUUGACAAUUAUCUAUCUUUCCAAUGCCUUUUCCUCUUUCAGAGUGCAGGCACUGAUUCUAUCUCCAACGAGAGAACUUGCUGGACAAACUGAGAAAGUGAUCUUGGCUAUUGGCGAUUACAUAAACAUACAGGUUCACGCCUGUAUUGGAGGCAAGAGUAUAGGCGAGGAUAUUAGGAAAUUGGAAUACGGUGUUCAUGUGGUAUCUGGAACGCCUGGCAGAGUCUGUGACAUGAUCAAAAGGAGGACACUGCGAACCAGAGCAAUAAAAAUAUUAGUUCUUGUUAGUUUUCUAUUAAUUUCCUGUGAUUCCGAAUUGCAGAUUCCUGCCUUUAAGUAUAUCCUGACAGACGGGUUAUCUGUGUGAUGACAGGAUGAAGCUGAUGAGAUGUUGAGCAGAGGUUUUAAGGAUCAGAUAUAUGAUGUAUACAGAUACCUUCCACCCGAUCUUCAGGUAUGUAUCAGCAAUGACUAAUCUAGUUCUUUAAUGUACAUUUCCGUCAACAGAUGUAUACCUUUAAACCGCAUUUUUUCCAUUUCCUUGCCUUUCUCAAGUAUGUAAGUAUAUUGACAAUUUGGAAUAUUCUGCAUUGCUCUCAUAGGUUGUUCUCAUUUCGGCUACAUUGCCCCACGAAAUAUUGGAGAUGACCAACAAAUUUAUGACUGAUCCAGUGCGGAUUCUCGUCAAGCGUGAUGAGUUGACUUUGGAGGUUUGUUGCUAUCAUGCUUACUUUUUCUGCACGUUAAUUAUCAACUCUGCUAGUAUUGUUACCUCACUUUUCUAUUCUUGCUGUUUUAGGGUAUAAAGCAAUUCUUCGUAGCUGUUGAAAGGGAAGAGUGGAAAUUUGACACCUUGUGUGACCUCUACGACACCCUUACGAUCACCCAAGCUGUUAUCUUUUGCAACACAAAAAGAAAGGUGUUUUGACUUUUCAUCCGAUAAUUUUCUCACUUCAGUUUGAUCAUUGCUUUCUUGUUAUGGUAUUCCUUACUUUCUGCUAUGGGCAUCGAAUUUCCAAGAAAAAACAUAUAUUUUCCUUUUUGAAUGAACUGGGGAUAUCAGCCAUAUAACUAGAUGAUAGGUUCCCAAUGUUGUGUUUCACCUCGAGUAUGGGAUUUGAGGUCAGUAGUCAACGUUGAGGCUAGCUAUCCACCUUUUACGCCCAUUAUUUUAUGAUCUGGUCUGACUUAUUUUUCCGUUGACAAUCACAGUAGAUGCCCUCAUCCUCUUCUUUGUAUGAAACGAGAAAGGCUUUUCGGCAUGUUCUCAUCCUAUGGGUCUCCAUUAGAUCCCCUCCCCAAGAACAGGCCAUGCCGAGAUUUUCUGUUCUUGCCUUGGGAUGGUGUACUAUGAGUGAGAAACAUAGUAUAAGCUGAUCAUGACGGUGAAACAGGGUGGAUUUUUUAUUUUUUUUAAUCAUACUAUUAAGUGCCCUAUACUUACUAUAUUCUUAUCCAUCCGUCUUAUUUUUUAUUUUUUUUUAUUUUUAUUUUUUUUUGUGCUUUUAGCUUUCAUUAAUAUCUCUUAAUGGCUUCCAAUUGACAGGUAGACUGGUUGACCGAGAAGAUGCGCAGUAAUAACUUCACAGUCUCUUCUAUGCACGGGGAUAUGCCCCAGAAAGAGCGAGAUGCGAUCAUGGGAGAGUUCCGCUCAGGCACCACCCGUGUUCUCAUUACAACUGAUGUGUGGGCUCGUGGGCUUGACGUCCAACAGGCACGUGGUUAAACCGACUUAUUUUUCAUGGCUUUGAUUUUUUUCUCUUCUUAUUAUAUUUUUUGUUUUUGUUUUUGUUUUUUUUUUUUUUUGGCAUCUUAAAAUUUUCUAUAAUCAUCCAUUAGGUUUCCCUGGUGAUAAACUACGAUCUUCCAAACAACCGAGAGCUCUACAUCCACAGAAUCGGCCGGUCUGGGCGAUUUGGAAGAAAGGUACCUGCCGAUUUCUACCGAGACCCACUAAUAUCUGCUAGUAGAGUUCAUCCGUUUGUUCAUCAUUAUCCUCAAAAGAUAUCCAGAAAUGGCAGAAAAUGGCACCAAUAAUUCACCUUUUUAUUUUUUUCCCUCCCCGUCGAUUAGAUCCAACUAAUGGGUCUCUGACGUUGACUAGACCCACUAGAAGAUAUCUGCUAGUAGAAUUCAUCCGUUUUUUUAAUCAUUAUUUGCAAAAAUUAUCCAGAAAUGGCAGAAAAUGGCACCAAUUUUCACCUUUUAAUAUUUUCCCCCCCCCUCCGUCGAUUAGAUCCAACUAAUGGGUCUCUGACGUUGACUAGACCCACUAGAUAUCUGCUAGUAGAGUUCAUCCGUUUUUUUAUCAUUAUCUGCAGAAAAUUAUCCAGAAAUGGCGGAAAAUGGCACGAAUUUUUCACCUUUCUUUUCGCCCCCGUCUAUUAGUUCCAACUAAUGGGUCACUCUGACGUUGACUUACUUCUCCAGGGUGUGGCGAUAAAUUUCGUCCGCAGCGACGACAUCAAGAUUCUGCGAGAUAUAGAGCAAUACUACAGCACCCAGAUUGACGAAAUGCCGAUGAAUGUGGCCGAUCUGAUCUGA